AUGAUUGAGUUUCUUUCAUUUUCCUUAACAGAAGCUUUUUGUAUAGCCAUAUUAGAAGCUGCAAGUUGUGGAUUAUUAACAGUGAGCACAUGUGUCGGAGGAGUUCCCGAGGUUUUGCCCGAUGAAAUGAUUGUUUUGGCAGAACCUGAUCCUGGUGAUAUGGUGCAUGCAAUUCAAAAGGCAAUAUCUAUGCUGCCAAAAAUUGAUCCGCAAGCCAUGCAUAAUCGAAUGAGAGAACUCUACAACUGGCAUGAUGUUGCCAAAAGGACUGAAAUUGUAUAUGAUCGUGCUUUCAAGUGCUCCAAUCAAAAUCUACUUGAACGUCUCUCACGAUACCUCUUUUGUGGAGCAUGGGCGGGCAAGCUGUUUUUCUUGGUUAUGAUUGUUGGAUUCUUGUUAUGGCAGCUAUUGGAAUUAUGGCAGCCUGCAGAUGAUAUAGAGGAGGUACCAGAUUUCACUCUUCCAUGCAGCUGUGAUGAAGAGAUGUUGGAGAAAAACUCAGUGAAAUGA